AUGACUGUACCAAAUACGAAAAAGCCCACACCCGUAUUUUUGUUUGCACAUGGAUCAACCAUGAUGCUAGGAGAAGAGUCUGAACCAGCCAGAAUCUGGGAGAAUAUAGGGAAUGAAGCCCUUCGGCGAGGAAUCAAGCGAAUUGUGAUGAUGGGUGCUCAUUGGGAGACUCCAGGUGAUGCGGUAGAAGUUAGCAUGAACCCGAACCCCCAAAAGCUUACAAUGGGAGGUGUACGGAACGACCGAUACCUUCCGUACAAGCUGGCACCAGAUAUCGAAGGUGGUCAAAGAGUUCUGAAUAUGCUUCAAGCCGCGGGCUUCAAUGCCAAAGCGGCUCCCAAGUUUGAUUGGAUUCAUGAUACUUUCCUUGUGGUGAUUCGAAUGUUCCCCCAUUGUGUCCCAAUUCCUACAGUUCUUGUGUCAAUGAAUGCUCGCUAUGAUCCUCACUUUCAUGUGAAACUGGGAUCAGUACUUCGUCCGCUGCGCUACGAGGAGACCUUGAUUAUCGGGAGUGGAGGAUCGGUCCACAACCUUUACCGAAAUCAUUGGGAACACAUGUUCCGAUUCAGCGACAACUUUGCACAACCGGUCCCACCGGAUGGGUGGGCACUACAGUUCCGCCAGUCGGUCGAGGACGCUAUUGUGCACAAUAAGGGCCCGGAGGUACGCAGAGCGUUAUCUCGGCUAAUGAAACACCCAAGAUUCCGAGAGGCUCAUGGCACUGAUGAUCACUGGAUGGCUUCACUGUUUGUGGCAGGGGCCGCCGGUGGAUUUGAAGACAAUGGUCCAAAUACUGUGCUGGGAGAAUGUUGGGAAUUGGUCAACAUGUGCAACACUCAGUAUCAGCUAGGCUCUUGGGAAUAA